GAUACUGAUGUUGUUGAGUUGCCAGAUGGGUUUGAGGACAGAAUGAAGGGACGCGGGGUGGUGUGGACGAGCUGGGUGCCUCAACUCAAGAUACUGAGUCACGACUCAGUGGGUGGGUUUUUGAGUCACUCUCCGUGGAGCUCGGUGGUUGAAGCAAUACAGUUCGAGAAGGCUCUUAUUUUGUUGACUUUCUUGGCAGAGCAGGGAUUGAAUGCUAGGCUUCUGGAGGAGAAGAAGAUGGGAUACUCGGUACCCAGAUACGAGCAAGACGGGUGGUUCACGAGGGACUCAGUGUCCGAGUUACUGAGAUUGGUGAUGGUUGAGAUAGAGGGGAAGAUAUACAGGGAGAGAAUCAAAGAAAUGAAAGGAUUGUUUGUGGACAGGAAUGUUCAAGACAAAUAUGUCAACAACUUAUUGGAUUACUUUAAGUCUCACAGAGAGAGAAAUGAAGAUGCAAAAUUGAAGGGACUGAAGUAA